UCUAAAAAAUAGUCCAAGUUGAAAGGUUACCUUUAAAAACAGCGCGUCGCCAAAUAAACGUUGUAAUAAAAACAUGGCGAAGCAUCACCCCGAUCUGAUAUUUUGCAGAAAGCAAGCAGGCGUUGCCAUCGGAAGACUGUGUGAGAAAUGCGAUGGCAAGUGCGUGAUCUGUGACUCCUACGUGCGACCGUGCACGCUAGUGCGGAUCUGUGAUGAGUGUAACUAUGGAUCCUAUCAGGGGCGCUGCGUCAUCUGUGGGGGUCCGGGGGUCUCGGACGCGUACUACUGCAAGGAAUGCACCAUCCAGGAGAAAGAUAGAGACGGGUGUCCGAAGAUUGUGAAUUUGGGAAGUUCGAAAACGGAUCUGUUCUACGAGAGAAAGAAAUACGGGUUUAAGAAACGGUGAAUCCAUCUUACGAGACUGCCAGCAGCUUCAAUGCUUAUUUUUUUUGAAAAGAAGAAAAAAAAAAUUGUGAAUUUUUUUUUUUUUUUUUAAUGAUUCUGUGUUAGAAUUUUCAAUUGUAAUAAAACUGAUUUCUUCAUCUUUA